CAACUCUGCAAGUUAGCUACCAAAUCCAUGAUUUUGCGCGUCCCCUCUUUUCAACAGAUAUGACCAUUCCACAAAGUCUCCUCUAUAAAUAGCCACUGCCCAUUUCAACUCCUUUCACAGCAACAUUUCAGGUUUGAGUUUUGGUCUUACAAAGGUUUCAAUAUGGCCAAGCCUAUGAGUUUUGUCGUUGUUUUUUCCCUUCUUGCCUUGGCUCCUCUCUGUUUCUCUAGCAGAAAUGGCGGCUUUGGGUCUCUGUACCCGCAAUAUUAUGACCACUCCUGCCCCAAUGCUAAGGAAAUAGUGAAAUCCAUUGUGGCAAAGGCUUUUGCUAGAGAAGCUCGUAUUGCUGCUUCUAUCCUUAGACUUCACUUUCAUGACUGUUUUGUUCAGGGGUGUGAUGCAUCUUUACUACUGGACAGCAGUGGGAGCAUUAGAAGCGAGAAGAAUUCAAACCCAAAUAGGAACUCGGCUAGAGGGUUUGAGGUGAUUGAUGAGAUCAAAUCUGCAUUGGAGAAAGAGUGCCCACAAACUGUUUCUUGUGCUGAUAUCUUGGCUUUGGCUGCAAGAGAUUCCACUGUCAUUACGGGUGGACCCUUUUGGGAGGUUCCAUUGGGAAGGAAAGACUCGAGAACUGCGAGCUUGAGUGGCUCCAACAACAACAUUCCAGCUCCAAACAACACUUUCCAAACCAUUCUCAACAGAUUCCAAAACCAGGGCCUUGACAUCGUUGAUCUUGUCGCCUUAUCUGGAGGUCACACCAUCGGGAAUUCAAGGUGCACCAGCUUCCGGCAGAGGCUAUACAACCAGAACGGCAAUGGACAGCCCGACAAAACCCUUCCGCAGCCGUACGCGGCUGAGCUUCGGAACCGCUGCCCGAGAUCCGGCGGCGACAAUAACCUCUUUUUCCUCGACUUCGUCAGCCCGACCAAAUUCGACAACAGCUACUUCAAGAACAUUGUUGGUUUCAAAGGGCUUCUCAACUCCGACCAAGUUCUCCUCACCGGAAACGACGCGUCGGCUGCUUUGGUAAAGAAAUAUGCCGACAACAGCGAGGUGUUCUUCGAGCAGUUCGCCAAAUCCAUGAUCAAAAUGGGCAAUAUUUCCCCAUUGACGGGCUCAAAUGGAGAGAUCAGAAAGACUUGCAGGAAGAUAAACAAUUAAAUUUUGUUGGGAUUCGUAGUUUUCCAGAAUGAAAUAAGUUAUUCCAAUGCGCAUCAGACUGAUGAAGGGUGAAUAUUUCUGGGUUUCGUUAUUUGAAGCUUCGUGUCUGAUUUGAUAUGGUUUUUUUUUUUCCCUUUAAUUUCUACGAUGUUUUGAUUUCGAAGCUGUUUGUGUUUGUCGACUUCCAUUGGUCCCUAUGUAUGUUCUUAUAUUUAUAAAUAUUAUAAUCAGAA